AUGACCCAAAACACAUCAAGUCUCGGUCCAUUCAAACCAACGCUGAUCCUCCAUGGCGGAGCUGGCGCCCUUUCUCGUGCCAACCUCCCUCCAGAGCUAUGGACACGAUACCGUGCUUCCCUUUCCAGAUACCUGACAGUGACAAGAGGGCUGCUUGACUCGGGCGCCUCCGCGCUCGAUGCUGCCUGUCACGCUGUUACACUGCUCGAAGACGAUGUUUUGUUCAACUGCGGACGAGGGUCGGUCUUUACAGAAAAAGGCACUAUUGAAAUGGAGGCAAGUGUCAUGGUUUGUUCUGUCGAUCCGGCGGGCGCCCCUGCCGGUGGUGUAAAGCGUGCUGCUGCUGUCAGUCUCAUCCGAAAUACGAGACACCCCAUUUUGUUGGCCAAGGAAGUUUUGCUGACGGCUGACGAAGACGGCGGACUGGGAGGCACAAGUACCAUGCACUGCCAUCUGAGCGGUAGAGACGUUGAAGAAUGGGGGUGGAAAGAGAAGGCACUCGAGAAGAAGCCAGAUUGUUGGUUCUGGACCCGCCGACGAUGGGAGGAGCACAGAAGAGGCCUCAAUCAUAACACGUCGUACACUUUCGCCGAUCUCAUUUCAUCAGUCGAUCCCCUAUCGGAGCGUGUUCAAGCAGACGAGGACGAUUUGGAUGGAGUGAAGGAGUUCCCUAGCCAGGGGACGGUCGGCGCCGUGUGUCUGGAUUCUUGGGGUAAUCUGGCGGUUGCGACUUCGACUGGAGGAUUGACAAACAAGAAAGCAGGCAGAAUAGGUGAUACGCCGACCGUAGGCGCCGGGUUCUGGGCCGAAGCCUGGCACGAAGAUACCUACAACAACGCCAACAAUUUCACUCUAGGCUUGCAACCAUCGCAACAGUUUCUAUUCGACCUACGGAGGAGGGCCCCAGUUCUGGAUCGAGUCUGGACCCAUACCAGCAGCCUCUUGGGAUCCUGCCUUGCUGUGGUUGAGCCGGAAGAAUUACCGCCGUACUAUCAAGAGCAAGGUCCUCCUCCCUCUUACAGCGCCCCACCCGCUGCAGCUCACCGUACCUACCAAUCUCCUUCCUUCCCCGAUCCGCAUAGUGCUGAGACUCGACAAGCCGUUCGCCAACGUCGUCGCGCAGUCGCGAUGAGCGGCACGGGCAACGGCGAUUCAUUCAUUCGAGUGAACGCCUGCCGCACGGCUGCCUCAAUAUGUCGCCUGGACUAUCCGCCUGCCCCUCUCACCGACGCAGUCAGGGUUAUUGCUGGACGACAAGGCCAGUUGCAGCGCUCGGCGGGCGACCGGUGGGGGAAGACCGGAGAGGGCCAGGGUGGAAUCAUUGGGAUCGAGGUGGUGAGUGAGGACGAACCUGAUAGAAUAUGUGGUGACAAGGCAGGGAGUGAUUUGAGGUCGAAGAAGCGGCGAGGGCGUGUGGUUUUUGACUUCAAUUGCGGAGGGCUGUUUAGGGCGUAUUUUGAAGUCGACGAGAACAGCGGCACCGAACAGCCGAAGGUCAUGGUAUUCAAGGAGGAGUACUAG